UAUAUAAAAGCAACAACAAUUAAUUGUAAUUGACUCAGUCGCACGGGCAGCGCACAACAGCCAAGUCGGUUUGGACUUGGACUUCAAAUUGGGAUUCCGAAUCUCGCACUUGAUUCCCCCUUCUAUAUUCUUUGUUUUUGUUGGCUUUCGAUUAUGCGAUUGACAGUGGCUGGUGGUCUUCUGGUGCUCCUCGGCAUUCUCGGUGCAUCUUGGGCGGAUCUCACCUACCGCGGAAAUGCGGUUCAUCCAGGUGAGCAAUGGCCAUUGGAUAUUUAAGAGGCGAAUCGAUUAUCCUGGCCAGUGCUACUAUGAGGAACUCAACCAGGCGAUUCCCAAGAAGCAGUCCUACAAGCCGAUCAACCGCGAAGGAUACUGCCAAUCGAUCUACUGUCGGCCGGACUAUGUCCUGGAGAUUGGCUACUGCGGUCGUCACAACCUCGUUCCCACGGAGAAGUGCAGGAUUGCCUCGGACAUGAGACGCACCUUCCCCGACUGCUGCCCCAAAUUGGUUUGCCAGGAGUCGGAGAGCAACUACAUUUAGGCACCUUCCCUAUUCCUUGAAUCCAAACCUAGUAUUAGCUUCAAACGUAUUACUUUUUGUUUUUCUCAAACCCAUUCAAUAACUUUUGUUCUAAGAUUUUGCAUUGGUGCGAAAAGUUUCCUCACUUCUUGUUCUACAUUUUAUUUCUCUGUCUUUUAUAUGUUCUUUGAAAAUGUUGAUUAUGAGUCAUGUCUUAUGUUUUCACAAUUUGGUUUAAAAAAUACCAAUAUGUAUAGGACAGCUAAGGAACUUACGAAAUAAAUAUAUUUAUAAAAAUA